CGCGUCGUGUGGUGCCGUGUGCAAACGCCCUCCCGCGAGAGCGAGACGCGUAAGAGAGCAGUCUGACUCAGCCUCCGCAGCGGAAAAAUAAUUCUUCAGCGAGCGCGCGCGCGCGUGCGAUUGUCGGCAGGGAAAAUCGAUCGGAAAAAUCGCUAGCGGCCGAUAGCCGAUCGCGAGGUGAGGCGGGACGGGGCGAGCUGCGCGGCAUGUUUUGAUCGGCGAUUUUUCGCUCGCUGCGUUAUCGCGUCGGUUUAUCAGCCGAUCGUCGUCGCAUCGUCGUGGAAAAAAGUCACGCGCGAAUUCGACGCGAGUCCUCGGAUCGAGGCGUCCUCCGAUGAGCCGCGUCGAGGAACGAUCGAGGAGCGGAUAAAACCGACAACGGAAACAGGGUGCUUUGUGAAGAACUGUGAGUGCGUGCGCGAGCGCCCACUCGGCUGACGUUUCGCGCGACGAACGGGCGUGUGCGCGUUGUGUUUCACCGUGCGAUUUACUCGAUCGCAACGAUCUGGUUGUCUAAUCGGUAUGAGAACCGCUUUAUUCGUCCUUUCAGAGUCCUUGGAUUCCUCGAGUAACCGUAGAAAACCGUCGAAAUCAUCAAUGGUCUCAUCUUUUCUGUGAAUCUUCUCUCUGAAAUUCUCUUCUCAAAAAUUUACUCUUCUGACUCAAUGUUUACUCAUUGUCCGUAACGCAUACUCGUAUAUGUGCCAUCAAUCACCGAAGCAAAUACGCUUUCGAUACGCGCUCAUCGCGAAGUCAAAUUUGCAUCCGCUACGGAGCGAUUAAUCGAGUAAGCGGGUUUGCUCAAGGUAUCCGUUCAAACUCGAAUCCUCCCUGCACAGAUCUCACCGAAUCUCGGUAGAUUGCUUAUUCGGACCAGAUUCGAAGAUACCGCGAGAAAUUAUUUCCCAGGCCAGAUACGUAAAUCUCUGUGCAAGACUGAUAUCUUUCACUGAUAAUCUCUGAUAUAUCGAGAUUUUAUUCUAAAUUGAUUACAUUGGUUCGUGAUGUUCAAUAUCGACAACCACAAUCGUUCCUUCUGAUGGACGUGAUUGUUCGAUCGGAUCGCAUAUGUGUGUUUUAUCAAGUUUCACGUCAAGUUCCUUACGGAAGAAACUGCCGAGAGAGUGUUGAAAGCGAAUCCAGCUCGACGAGUGGAACAAGGAAGAGACGCACUCGGACGUCAAGCGUUGCAAAUACGCAUGAUGGCGUACUAAAAGGGCAGUAAAAAAUCGCGUUCUGCGCGAGAGUUCUCGCGCGCGGUUCGCGGUUCCGUGCACCGGUUCGGGAAUCGUGAUAAAACGAACGGAUACAUCACGCUCGCUAUAUCGCGCUGUGUCGUAUAUACUAUUCCGCUCAGACAAUUCUUCGUGAGCGCGAUACGUGAGCGCCGUACAGAGUUACACUAUUAUGGUAUAGCGGACGCUGAGAGUGCGAGUGCGAGUACGAGAAUCUGACGUACCUCGACUCGAAUGAUGAUAGUGCUGCUGCUGUGCAUCAUCAUGAAGAUAGCAGAGUUCUCCGCGGGCCGGACGAGUCCGCCGCUGGCGACGAUGUCGGUGUCGGCGCGACCACCGCCUCUCGCCUGCAACAGGCGGUGUAGGCGGUGCAAGCGACACAGAAGUCCAAAUGCAUCCAAACGCAAGCAUCGUCGGCAAUCGUCCUGCAAUGAUAAAUGUACAUUACGAAAAUUUGCAGGAGAAGGUCCAGCAGUAAUGGAAGAUCCGCAAACGCCAGGGUCUGACUGUAACUCUAACCCAGCAACAGAUUCCAUUCAGCAGGAUCUGAUUGGUUCAGAGUUUGUUCAAGAUAAUGUUGAAUAUCAAUGGUUUAUCGAUUAUGGAUACAGGGAUGGAGGCCUACAUAUUCAUCCCAGUGUCCUGUCAUCACUUUCUGCCUCAUAUUCUCCGAAAGAUUUGGGUUAUUAUGAUGACCUUGCCCGUAAUUUGGAUGCUAACCUGGCAGAAAUUGAUAUGGAGAGUUUUCGCACCGCUGACAUUCAUACCUUGCUUACAGCUUUACCUGUCAUGUGUACAGAACCAGUUCAGCAUUCCGAGUUUAACUAUCAAAGGGAACAAUACGCCAGUAUAUCUGGAUCUGUCAUGGAAAAGCUUGACAUCGGUUCCUCCAUCAGCCCUCAUACCAGUAGUCAGGGAGAAGAUUCCGCAUGUUCCACCGCCGAUACGAUAUCCAUAUGCAAAUCGUCGUUGCUAUUUUCCCCGUUAAAAGAGACACCAGUAUUACCACCUGGUGGCAGCUAUAGCGUGGACUCAUUGGACUGUGAAGAUAUGUUGCUUACUUGUCAAACGAACAAUAAAAACAACUACACCAUUGCUUUUGAAGGUAGCAUCACUAUGUAUUCAGAUGGCUCUCAAGAUUUUGAAAAUCAUGAUAAACACAAGACAUACGAAUCAUCAGAUUUAUCCUACGACAAACAGAAAAAUGCGAAAGCUAUGCUGGACUUAUCAAUGGCAUGCUCCGACUCGAAAAUAUAUACGACAUGGAGCAAUUUGAAACACUCCUCCAUGAACAAGGUAAUAACUCGUCAUCCCUCCGGUAACAACAACACGAUGCCGGAUAUCUUACAAAGCGCUGCUAACCUGACGCUUGGUGGAAUAAGUAAACGAAGCCAAAGCUUACCAGAUCUUUCUCGUGUCCGAGAGUUCCAGCACACUAAUAUACCUCUUAAUUUUAGCGUUGAUUCUGCCGAAUCGAGCAAUCCGAUACAACGGCUACAAAGCUCGGGAUCUGCGAUGAGUCGUUCGACAAACGCGGAGAGCUCGGACAAUGGGGAUAAUGCUUGUACCAAAAAGCUACAGAAUCUAAGUCUUGUGAGAUUAUUCAUGAAGCAAAAGAGCAUGAGUGUAGAGGGAAUGAGUCUCACGUUGGAUCAAUCGGAUUCCAUUAGCGACAACGGUUGGCCCACCAGCAACAGUGGCAGUGAUAGCGCGACCAAUACUAACACUCAGAUACAACGACAGAACCAGGAUAACAAUAGAGAUCGUCAUGUAGCGGAAGAUGAUUUCUCUAUCAAUUGGAUCAGGCGCGAUAUGGCUAAUCGAGAUACGGAGAAUCCAAGAGAAAUGUUGAACUUUCUAAAAUGUGCGUCACCUAUCAAAGACGAUAAGAUAGAGAUGACGUCGUCAGCGUCAGUGGAAGAGCUAUCGGAGAGUAUAUCCAAGUCAGGUUGCACAAGCGGUCAAAUGAGUUUCGAUAUAAUCAAUAGUCCUUUUGAGCAGCAGCAAAAAAAUGGUUGGGUCGGCAUGGUGGAGAAAAAAUAUCCGAUAUGCCGAACGACAGGGAUACAGGCGAACGCAGAAAUGGAGGACAACGCGGUUCAGACCUCCUUGAUCUUCAUUCCUCCUACGAAAGACCAGGGGCCUCUUUUGCAAGAGACGAUAGUUAAUAAGAAGCCCGUUUACGUGGUGUAUCCCAAUUACACGUUGCCCGAUCUGUCGUUCCUCAACAUCAAAGAUACCAAAGUCGACAAUGUAGCAUUGAAGCCGCACACAUUCGACAAAAAUAAGACGGAAUGGAAGCGCACUGUUCGCACGAGUAGACCAUUCUCGUGCAACGACAUAGACGCUCUGCGACAACGUGGAUUUGCACAUAUAAAAGAUUGGGAAUCAUUAACGUUUCUGUUACCGAACGAGUACAAGAAGAUCUUGCACGACGUGCCGGAAGUCUCAAGGCAUAUCAAUAUGAACGAAGAAGUCAGGAGACCUCUGUUCUGUUUAUCUCCUCCGAUGCGUCACAAGGGUCGACCUAUCAGCGAAAUUGUACCGAAUAACACCUCGUCGACGAGUAGCACCGCGACGCAGCCGUCCUCCGGGUACAGAGGCUCGUCGACAAUUUUAACAGAUUCUUCGACGAAUCAGCAACAGCCGUUGCCGAACAAUGCAGUCAACCCGCUGUAUCUAUAUCGUUACGACAGUAUUAGUUCGGAGGCUAGCCUGGUGAACAACGAUAAGAAAAUGCACAGGUUGGUCAAUCACACAAGGCAGGCUUGUCCGAUUCUACCGAAGCGAUCUGUAUCGUUGCCACAAGGCGAUGGCGAGCCUGAUUUCAACAACAGCCGUGUCCCACCGCGACCGCCAUUGCCGAGAAGCAUCUUGCGAAAGAACAAGGUUCUCGCGAGUAAACGGUACAGCAUGUUCGAGAUGGGAGACGUGGGCGAAACGGAGGAGCAAGCCGUGGAGCUAUUAUGCCGCGGAAGAACGAUCGAUUCGGAAAAGGACGUCGACGAGACGGAGGAAGAGAGAUACCACAUAGAGAGAUUAAAUGAAGCGACUAACACGAAUGCGGAGUCGAGAACUUCUCAACACAGCGACGACGAUGUCAAGCAAUUGGAGGAUUACUUGAAACGUAGUGGUCUCUCGUCGCAAAGCAGCGACGGGGACACCGAGAACGCCGAUGUUAAACUGAGGUCGUACGUAAGGAAAUUUUUAGCUCUAAGAAUGAAUAAGGAACCGCUCGUCAGGAACGUCGAUAUGGGCGAAUUGCAAAGGAAAACCGUUAGUUUUGCUGUACACCAAAGAGAAAAGCAUACAGACCCUAAGCCAAAUAAUUUGAAUGUCGCUGUAAAUGAACAAAAUCAGGAUCAGAUGGUUGACGACAAAUUAAUGGAGUUGGAGGAAAAGAAAAAAAUGGUGUCAUCUGUAAACAAGGCAGUCGAUCUCUUGUUGAAGUAUUGGAACGCUGACACCGAUCAUACUCGUCACAAUUACAACGAGAAGAACGAGUGUGCACAGAUCUGCCUUAGUAACUUGUGCCCGGCUUUAUAUGCUAUGAUGUCGGACGGUUUGAAACCCCACUUGAACUCCACCUUUGGACCAAUUACUAAUAGCGUGUGGCAAGUCGUCGAAGCUAGUUCUCAGCAAGGACCCCUGACAAAAACGUUGAACGAGUUAGUGCAGAGGAUCAACGGCGAGGACGUUAUUACGGAAGGAAUGCUGAAGUUCCAUGCGUUUGUGUUUGGUUUGUUGAACCUAAGAGCUCUAGACGCGUGGUUCGCAUAUUUGUGCACUCGCGAAUCAAUCUUGCGGAAGCAUUACAGUAACAGCAGCUUGUUUGUCGGAGCCUUAGCUAAUUCCAGCGCACGAGAAGUCGUCGAUUCUUUUUUAUACAUCUUAAAUCCGCUUGCAUUCUGUCCGUUUCAUCUGGAUCUUCUUUAUCAAUACCGUCAACUGCAAAAUAGCUUUGGGAGUAUAAAUAGUCAUGCUAUGAACGCCGUGAACUUUAGAAAUGCCGAUAUGUCUCUGAAGAAGCUUGAGACCGAGGAAUCUGAAUCCUAUGGAAUGGUUCCUAGUCCAAAGAAAAUACGACCAAGAUCAUGCAUCGCUUACGAUGACAAAUGCGGCGUCAUGCACAAAGGCGAUCCACAAAACAUGAAGAAACGUUUCAGUGGUGCCCUUAGUUCGAAAACGUUUUACGCGUUGGACAAAUUAACCUCCGAAGAUUCCGAGGAUUACACGGACAGUCUGGAACAUUCCCCCUUAAAUAGAGCGACAAGUAGGCAGCCGCAACACCCGAAGCUCCAGACUCCCGAGACGAAAGCGAGCGACGAAGACGGUGUUACCGGCGAAACAAAAUUCCGGAAACUCCAGGAAAAGUGGGAGUUGAUGAUUGGCAAGGAAAGCAGUAAGAAUCAGCCGGCUUUAACGACACCUCCAUCGCCGGCUCGCACAUUCGGAGCACUGGGGAAGUCGAAGAUACCUCGACUGCUCACGUCGCCGGUGAAGCAGUCGAAUACUACACCGAUUGCUGGCAGACCGGUAAAAUCUCCCGUAUCGGAAUUCCCUUGGUCAAAGACACCUACCGCAAUGAAGGCGAAACCGAAAAAACCUGUGGAUACAAAAAUGAAAGACGUGACGCGUCGCACUAGUCGCGUUGAUCAGGAUGCGUUGGGCGCGCCACGAAUUCACACGACACGACCGAGUUCUUUACCCUACAAAUCGUUUGGGAUAACGUCGAACGACAAAAAUCCAAUCUUGCCUCACAGACGAGCCGCCUCCACCUCUUUACCACGUCCAAAUGUUGCUACUGUUUCGAGGAAUAAUCCAGUUACGAAGCCACGACAUAGAAAAGUUCGUACCCUCACUCACAGUAUACCGUCGGACACUGGUCAUCUUUCAUUCGUGGAAGGAGAGAAACUGAAAGUAAUAUUAGAGGUAGAUGACAAGUGGUUGCUGUGCGCAAAAGGUGAUCGGAGGGGCUUGGUGCCGCGAGCAUACGUGCAUAGCGUCCCAACUUAGCCCCUUUUCCCAACAACGUUUAACGAUCGCAAAUGCAACUGUGCUCUUACUCAGCCGCGAUUGUUGUAAUCACACUACACUCAAUGCGGGGACGAGGAGGGUCACGAGGACGAGUUUUGAGAAGUUCAAAUCGUGUCUAAUCGGGAUGAUGUACAGUGUAUUAAAAUUGUUUUUAAGCCAUAAUAUUAUAAACACAUUAUCACGCGCUUGUAAAGUUACUUUUAAUUGAAGUAUAAUCGACACCACUCCGUGUUUCUAUCGAAAUGCGAUAGUAGUAUUACCGCUAGAUAACGCCAUCGAGAACAUAGAAAUAUCACCUAGUCAUAAUAGGCUCUCGAACGACAUUAUUAUUAUUAUUACUAUUAUUAUUAUUAUUAUUAUUAAUCAUACACCAUCAUCAUUAUUAUUACAUUAUUUUAGUCAGGAAACGCGGUAGCGUCUCGCGCGCCAAGUAUUCUAGUGUCAACAUACGAGAGACGAUACAGCGUGUCCGUCACAGAAUCGAGAAUGCUUCUCUGAAAAUAAAUCACACAUUGUCGUUUUUAAAUAUUAGAUUUACUUAUUUGAAUAUGCAAUACGGACGCGAGAAUAUAACGACAACAUGUGACAAUGUUUUCGACGAUAAGAUGCCGGAAAAAACGGUGUAUAAUGACCUACAAAUAUUAUAAAUGUAACUGUGAUCCUAGCAAAUAGGCAAUUAAGUUUAUUAGUACGAAUACGCGGUGUAUAUUUCUUUCCGAUGUUUAUACAUUGUAACUUUGUAACUUAUUAUUUAUAUUCAUAUGUUGCACAACAUCGCGCGUCUCAACGAUCCUCCGUUCUGAUUUUAUUCUAUGUACGAGCCAUCACGGCUUGCGAUGGCGGCAUCACAUUUUUUACAUGCUUCAUGUAUUUCCUGUUAAGAUAUACGAUAUAAUCAAAUAAAGUCUGUUGUGAAUUAUA